CUUCUGCCUUCACUCCGACGGCGACAGGUCGAACGUCGGCGCCAGUGCUUUGAGGCCCGAUUGGAAGGAGGGGGCGUCUCUCUAUCUACGGUAUGGUCGGUCGCUUCUUUUCAAGAGCAGAGCGGAGGCAAGCGUGAUCGUCUCUGAGCAUUCACCUGUUCUUUCACGAAGCGGAAGUCUGCUGCAUGCAGUUGGAACCUCCCCAAACACUAGUGGACAUUGCUUACAAAUGCCAAACUAGAUCAGCAGCACCAAACUGUGAAGGGCCUCUCAGAGUCAGAGGAACCCUUUAGUGCGACCAUUCUGACUUAGAUCAGCUCAAGCAUGGAUCAGCUGGCAGCAAGAGUGGUCAGGUGUCAGUGCCCCCUGCUCAGCGGCGCUGCCUUCGCCACUGACACCACCAGUCCUUCCUUACAGAGAAGAUCUCUGCAUUGCUCUCCUCUUGCACACUCGUCAACAAAUCUCAAACCUACAUGCAAGCUGCAAUCAUCAUUGUGGGGUCACCACAUUGGGGUCCAGAGCACACCAGCAUUGAAAAUGGCGAAUGGCCGGUCAGAUUGGAGUGCGCCGGCAAUCCAGGGAGCAGCUUUUAGAGCGGAGCCAACCAGACCCCAAUCAAACAGGCGGACGGACGAAUCAAACCCAGCAGUCUUUGAGGGACAGAUCAGUGGUCGUUCUUCCAGCAGCAAAAUGAGGGGCGUAAUCAAGAACGGGCGCGUGCUCAAAGGGGCACCUGUUCCUUCUGCCAGCACAAGUGUGUCUGCGGUGGCUGUUCACACCACCAGCGCUAGCAGCAGUCUUCUUGAUGAAAAUACGCUCAGUCCCGCUGGGGUGCCUACUCAAACCGCCAGGAAAACCGCAGCCCCAGGGGCUGUUCACACCACCACCCGUAAGAGCAGCUUCCAGGGCGGGAACGUGCCCUCCUGGGCAGACUCAAGGGAACCAACUUCAACACUGGGGAUCCCCUCAAGAACAACGUUUAAUUCUUGGAAACCGCCCACAUCGCUUGGAGGUCUCUGGGAGAUGCUUAAUCUUGAAGGGGCCGGAGGACUGUCUGCGAUGCCACAGCGGGCGGCGCAGACGGCAUACACGGCGGCCCGCAUGGCGUUCUUCUUUGCACAGUCAGCACUGAUUUCGAGAAGCCUGGGCGUGGAGAUGAGCGCGCUUCCUAAUGGUGGCCCGAUGCCCCCCGACGUAUCCAAAGAGGCUGCCGACAAGAUGGUCCAAGAUUCGCUGGGCGGUAUUGUGGAACUGACGAAGAUGGACAUUGAAAAUGUCAGACGGGGUAUUUACCGGGCACCAUACGAUAUGGACCCGCGGCACCGCCAGUGGAGCCCCGCCUUCUGGGCGGACCAGCACGAAAGGCUGUUGCGCGACCGACGGGAGGGCAAGGAGAUUCGGCUCAAAAAGGACACACGGGUGCGCAGCGCGAGCGAAGCGGACGGCUAUCCUGCGUACUACUUGCAGCACUUCCACUGGCAGCCGGGGGGCUGGCUGAGCGACGAGUCGGCGCAAAUUUACGAGCAUAGCACGGAGUCGCUCUUUUUUGGAGCCCAGGACAUGAUGCAGCGGCAGGCGCUGGUUCCGCUGCACUACUUCAUGCGCGGCCGCGACCCCGCCCGGACGUCCGUUCUUGACGUCGCUUGCGGCACCGGACGCUUCCUCACCUUCCUGAAGGACAACUACCCCGCCGUGCGGACGUACGGAGUUGAUUUGAGCCCCAACUACUUGAAGACCGCUGAGGCGAACAUGGGGUACUUCGAGAAAUUCGACAUGAAAGUAAACGGCUCCCGGAUAUUUUCCCGAGCGCAGUUCAUCCAGGCUAACGCGGAGCGGCUACCUUUCGAAGACAGCUCCUUGGACGUGGUCACGUGCGUCUACCUCUUCCACGAGCUCCCUCCCAACGCGCGUCAAGCGGUGGCCCAAGAGGUGUCGAGGGUUCUGAAGCCAGGCGGCAUCUUUAUUUGGGCGGACGCGACACAGGACGGCGACCGCCCUGAGAUAGCGCAGGCGGCGGGCAUCUUCAACCGCAUGUUCCACGAGCCGUACUUCUCGAGCUUCUUCCGCGCCGACUUCAAGCCCAUGUUCGCGGCCUCGGGCCUGGGCCACGAGGCGACCAUCCUGGCACAUUUAACCAAGGUGAUGUGUUUCCGGAAGGGCUUCUGAAGCGGUCGACGGCAAAGUGGUACAAUCGACAACGUUGUCUUAGUGACCAAACACCACGCGCAUACAAGCCGACUUCCAAAGCUUAGACGAGGCUUUCGACCGACUCUCGCCGCGCUUCACUUGCAAGACAAGCGUCAUAGAUACUUCGAUUUUGACGUCAAAUAUUGGGUCAGAUAUUGGGUCAAGUAUUGGAUAUAGUCGAUGGGCUGAAGCUUAGGAUUCCACUCAGACCCCCUACUCGCGCGCGGCCACAUUCUUUGAAAGAUCAACAACCGCAAUAAGCAUAGACAGUGUGUCGUGCAACCGCCGGACUUCGCAUCUGUACAGAGGACUCAAAGUGUUGGCAAGCUUCAGUUUAUACAAGCAUAGCUUUCAGUAUUAAGCGGAGCGCAGCAGUCGUUCAUCGAUUCCCUUAGACAAACUCUCCAUGAGACAGUGAAACGCGAUACGGUUAUAUGGUAACGUGAUCCAUUGAUUGGAUGGCGGCAAUCAAAGACCGCCAUCCAAGUUCGAAUUAGACGCUCGUGCUGACGUACUCAAAGACUCAAAUCAAGGAUUACGUAACGGUCUGCAAUGGUCGAGAUGUGAGGAACUUUUAUUCGACACUUCAUUACAUCAUUUGCAAUCACACCGUUAAGUAUUUCGAUCCACU